GCUCUUUAAGCUCCGCUGUCGCCACACAGAGCAGCCAUUCAUCGGCACCACAGUCAGCCACACACUCCCAUGUCGAACCACUGGACAGCUCAACUGGAAUAAAUCGUAAAGACGCUUCUGAGCCGCGGAUUUGGAUACUUUACGCACGGCCAUGGAGUUGGUAAAGGAGCAGUGACCACUCGCUUGAAAGACGACAGUAAACCUAAUACAGCUGAAAGACGUUGUUUCAACUUAAUUUGUUGUUAAAGACAAGAUUGAGUAAGAAUGUCCGGUGAGGAGCAUAGCCUGUCUGAGGCAGAAUUGAGUCCCGGAGGGUCUGAAGAUGCUCACUCGCUGUCGCCAGCGCACUGUGGAACGGUGGGCACCCAGGACUCGCCUCUGGGCGGACAGCAGCAGCUCACCACCCUCUGCGUGGCUGAAGAUUCAGAGGACGGGGUCCAGUCCAGAGCCAAAUCGGACGAAGAGGAUGAUCGCUUUCCCAUUGGUAUCAGGGAGGCAGUGAGCCAGGUGCUGGACGGUUACGACUGGACACUAGUGCCAAUGCCCGUGCGCGUCAACAGUGGAAGCAAAGCUAAGCCGCACGUGAAAAGGCCGAUGAACGCCUUUAUGGUUUGGGCGCAGGCCGCGCGCAGAAAGUUAGCGGAUCAGUAUCCACACCUGCACAACGCCGAGCUGAGCAAGACACUGGGGAAACUGUGGAGGCUGCUAAACGAAAACGACAAGAGGCCAUUCAUCGAGGAGGCGGAGAGACUGCGGAAACAGCACAAGAAGGACUACCCUGAGUACAAGUACCAGCCCCGGAGACGCAAGAACGGCAAACUGACGCCUGUUAAUGAGUCGGACAGCCAGGGGGAAGGGGAGGCCAGUCAUUCCCAGUCCCACUACAAGACCCUGCACCUUGAGCAUAACGGGGCCGCGUCUCCUCUGGGCGAACUGCACCAUCACCACCAUCAUCACCACCACCAUUCUGCAGGUCAAGGUCACAGUCCCCCGACACCUCCUACCACCCCAAAAACAGAGCUACAGUCCGGAAAGUUGUCCGAUUCCAAACGUGAGGGUGGUGCAGGAGCAUCAGGGGGGUCCAGGGGUGCACUGGGAGUGGGGGCUGAUGGAGCGCCUAGUUCUACCUCAUCUGGCGCAAAACCACACAUCGACUUCGGCACGAUGGACAUUGGAGAAAUCAGCCACGAUGUUAUGUCCAAUAUUGAACCUUUUGAUGUGAAUGAGUUUGACCAGUACCUGCCACCCAACGGUCACCCUCAGAGCAGCAGUGGCGCAGCUGCUGGUGGCCCCUCCACCUCCUCAUAUGCCUAUGCUCUGGCCGCUGCAAGCGGGCACUCCGCUUGGCUGUCCAAGCAGCAGUCUCAGACCUCCCCAUCACCCUCAGACCCUGCCAAGGCCCAGAUCAAGAGCGAGUCUGCGUCUGGGAGCCACUACGCCGAAGCCUCGUCCUCCCCUUCCUCUGGCACCCAUGUGACCUACACCCCCUUGAGCCUGCCCCAUUACGGCUCCGCUUUCCCCUCGCUGGCCUCCAGGGCUCAGUUUGAAUACGGGGAGCACCAGGGGCCCGGAGCCUACUACGCUCACUCCAGUCAGGCCCCAGGGCUGUACUCAGCCUUCUCCUACAUGGGCCCCACACAGAGGCCCCUGUACACCACCAUAGGAGACCCCGCCAGUGUGGCCCCUUCACACAGCCCUACACACUGGGAGCAGCCUGUUUACACUACACUUACAAGGCCUUAGAGUAGGAGCAGUAGAGCAGAGGGAAUAAUGGGAAGUGUGUGUGAGUGGAUGAAUGUAUGUGUAUGCAAUUCUGUUCAAUACUGGGUCAUAGACUGUAGAACCUAUGGACUGAUGUGUCAAUAACAUUCGAGGGUAGAGUACUUCUGCCAUCUGUUGAUGUUUGUGAGCGUGUGCCUGUGCCAUUUUGAUGUUAAGAAAUUUUUACUUUUUUAGCCAAUACCAUGCAAGCAUUUAUAAGACCUUACACGUUCUUAAAAACAGUACUCAGUGUGUACUCAUAUGUCACAGCAGCCAACAAGAGACUUCGUGAAUCAAGUGGAAUAGAGAAAGAGAAGAUGCAACAAGUUGACUAUGAGUUUUGACAGUCAUUUGGUUUAUAACAACAUAAUCAGAUGUUAUUAACCAAACUAAAGGAGAUGUUUAAUGUUAUUGUGUUAUUUUAUAUAAGUAGUAAGAUUAUUGUUGAUGAUAUUUAGUGUGAUUGAUUUGACUCAACAUCAAAUGCACCACUGCUAUGGGAAAAGUAUGUUUCAAAAGCUCAAGAUGGUUACGCUGACUGGCCAGAUCUUUAACAGUGGUGACAUGUUAUUCUUCCUUCUUUGACUGUAGAUAGUGUCUGUUUGUGUGUCCUUAAUAACAACAACUUCACCGAAAUAAAUAAGCAAUUUAUGGGGAAAAUAGGAAACCGAGAGGGAAUGAAAGCUCUUAAAGAUGUGUUUUAGCUUAUGCUCAGUCUUGGACACUUACCUCAGUUUUACUUUGCUGGUGCCAAUGUCAGGAAAGAAGUGUGCCCACCUGCAUUCCUGAUAAUGAAGAAGGUUAAAAACAUAAGUUAAAUCUGUUACACAUUUUUACGUUUUUUGUUUAUUUCAGAUUUUUCUAGUAACUGAAAAAGUGCAAAGUCUCAACAAAAUCUUUUAUAAUAACCAACCAGCUCUGAGUCCUACUUAAGGAUUAGGAUCACAUGUACUACCGCUCUGAGCUGCAUGUAGGCCAAAAGCAUGUCCUAACAGUGUUUUUUCUAUACUGUGUCUAAACUGCCAGCUUCCUUUUCAGCAAUGUGAAUAAUGGUCAUUACCACAAGCUUCACAGUUAUUUUGUGACGCAUACUUUAUACUGACCCUCUUACCAUGUUACUUGUAUGUAGGCAAUGCCGUAAUGUGUGUCAAACUUUUGCUUCUUCCAUUUUGUAUAAGCCUGGUUAGUUUUGUAAACAUUCACUUGAGUAUUUUUGCUUCCU